GUCUUCUCCCAACCUCAGACCUUUAACCACCACCUCAGCUUCUUCUUCUCCUCCCCUCAUCUCCUCUUCUCUCCUCUCUCUCUCUCUUUCUCUCUCUACGGACAAUUUCCAUCUGAUCCAUCUCCAUCUACGGCAUCACAAUCUUCCGCAUCUCUAUCAUCGUCAUCUUCCCUCUCUGCGUUUAUGGGCGGUCGUCGGCUGCAGGGCGAGCAGCUGAAGCAGCUGCGGGACAUCUUCAACCGCUUCGACAUGGACGGCGACGGCAGCAUCACUCACCUGGAGCUCGCCGCACUGCUGCGCUCCCUCGGUUUGAAACCCACGGGCGACCAGAUCCACGCGCUCCUCUCCGGCAUGGACGCCAACCGCAACGGCUCCAUCGAGUUCGACGAGCUCGCCGUCGCGCUCGCGCCCCUCAUGAGCGAACAGGCCCUUCUCAACCAGGAGCAGCUCCUGGACGUGUUCCGCUCCUUCGACCGGGACGGCAAUGGCUACAUCUCCGCGGCGGAGCUGGCGCGGUCCAUGGCGCGCAUGGGCCAACCGCUGACCUUCUGCGAGCUCACCGAGAUGAUGCGGCAGGCCGACACCGACGGCGACGGCGUCAUCAGCUUCACGGAGUUCGCGGCCGUCAUGGCCAAGUCCGCCGUGGAAUUCCUUGGCCUCACGGUAGUGUCAUAGGAGAACACAGGCCCCUUCCGGGCGCCCGGCGACGGGGAGCGCUGAGUCGGUUGACCGGGCUCAUGUUUCUUGGUUGACCCGGUCAACGGAGGACCCCGGGAACUGUUUGCGUAGGAUUUCUGUCGAUGCAUGGUAACCAAGGUUGUAAAUGUAUAGAAUGUGACGAUGGAUGAAAGUUAGGAUUACAUGAUCAUUUAGGAGAGAUUAUUUCGUUCA